AGGAGAAGGAGGAUGGCAAGUCGGCGGUUACUGUAAGGGCAGCCCAAGGGAAGCAGCGGCUUCCCCAGGAGGAGCGAGAAGGGGACGAAAACAGCCGAGGCUUGGCGGGAAGCGAGAAGCAGAAAUGGCCAACGAGUCGCUUCAGAGUGAUCCAGGCAGCUGGUCAGUGCUGGACCACCUGGGCUUGGACCAGAGCUCAGAUUUCUCAGACACCAGCGUGCAGCAGAAGUUAGACGAAGAGAAAGAGAAGAUUAAGCGUGAAAUUCGCAAAGAGCUGAAGAUCAAAGAGGGAGCAGAGAACCUACGCAAGGCUACUACAGACCGUAAAAAUCUCUCCAAUGUGGAGAACUUGCUCAAGAGCUCCAACCGCAAGCUGGAGGUGCUGCACCACCAACUGCAGGAUCUCAAUGCUCACAUUGUGGUCAAAGACCCUGAGGACUUGGAGAUUGCUCCCCAGUCACCAGGCAGCCUGAGCCGGUCAACAGCUACUAAAAGCCGCAUUGCUGGCCUGGAGAAGCAGCUAAAUAUUGAGCUGAAGGUGAAGCAGGGGGCGGAGAACAUGAUCCUGAUGUAUGACAAUGGUGCUGCUAAGGAUCGGAAGCUGCUGCAGACAGCCCAGCAGAUGCUACAGGACAGCAAGACUAAGAUCAAUAUAAUCCGCAUGCAGAUCCGCAAGGCUGUGCAGGCUGACGAGGUGCAACUGAAUGUGGAAGAUGGGCAAGGUAACACUGAUCUAAGCGCCAUAGAGUUGAGGAUUGAGGAGUUGAGACACCACUUCCAGGUGGAGCAUGCUGUGUCUGAGGGGGCCAAGAAUGUACUGCGCCUGCUGGCUUCCAGCAAAGUUCAAGACCGCCAUGCCAUCUCUGAGGCACAGACCAAGCUGAAUGAGUCGAGCCAGAAGCUGGACCUUUUGCAUCACUCUCUGGAGCAGCGUCUUGGUGAGCUGCCCCAAGAUCACCCAAAAGGCUGCAUCAUCAAAGAGGAGCUCAUCCUAGCCUCUUCUCCUGCCUUUAGUGCUCGCAAUACCACUACUUACCAGCACAACCAGUACAACACCCUUUCAAAGCCAUCUCCGCUGACAGGCACUCUGGAGGUGCAGUUGUCGGGCUGCAGUGGGUUGUUGGAGCUUGUCCCAGGCCGUAGCCGUGGGUCUACCGUCUCUCUGCCUUGCAACAGCCCUGGCGAAGCACGGCCCUCUUUCAUGAGCCGGAGCGGGCGAGGUUUGUACAGCCGGAGUGGUAGCGUAAGCAGCAGGACCACCAUCAAAACUGAAGAUAUCAGCAAUGAGGUGGGUGCUGUCCUGAAGCUAGAUAACGCAGUUGUAGGCCAGACAGCCUGGAAGCCCUGUGGCCUGCAAGCCUGGAACCAGAUUUUCACUGUGGAACUGGAGAGGGCAAGAGAGUUGGAGAUAGGCGUUUACUGGCGUGAUUAUCGCAGCCUCUGUGCCCUGAAGUACCUCAAGCUAGAAGACUUCCUUGACAACCAACGCCAUGAAAUCCACCUGGAGCUGGAGCCACAAGGCACUCUCUUGGCAGAGGUUACUUUCUUCAACCCUGUUAUCGAACGCAUUCCCAAGCUCCAGCGACAGAAGAAGAUCUUCUCCAAGCAGCAAGGGAAGGCUUUCCUGCGUGCCCGGCAGAUGAACAUUGAUAUUGCCACAUGGGUACGGCUCUUGCGACGUGUCAUUCCCACUGCCAGCACCACAGGCACUUAUAGCCCCUCAACACAGAUGACCCCAACAUCUGGCUCAGAGAGCAGGCACAGUCUCAACUCUGGGGACAUUGCCAUUGAGAAGCUGAGCUUGGAAGGGGACAGAGCACAAGUAGAGCAAGUGGGCCAGGAUGACAAUGAACUACCCAGUAAGGUCUUGUUGACUUCACGAGUGGGGGAUGAGAUUCCUUUCCAGAUGGAGCUGGGCCCAGGAGGCGAGGCCAAAGGGUCUGAGAGUCUGUUUCACAGCAGCCUGAGAAAAACACCUCUCACUAUGGAAGAUUUUCGCUUUGUGGCUGUGCUUGGUCGUGGCCAUUUUGGCAAAGUGCUGCUGUCUGAGCUGCGUCGGACGGGGGAACUUUUUGCUAUCAAAGCCUUGAAGAAGGGUGACAUUGUUGCGAGGGAUGAAGUGGAGAGCCUGAUGUGUGAAAAACGGAUAUUUGAGACUGUGACCCAUGCCCGGCACCCCUUUCUAGUGAACCUCUUCGCCUGUUUCCAGACAUCCCAGCAUGUCUGUUUCGUAAUGGAAUACACAGCUGGUGGAGACCUUAUGAUGCACAUCCACACAGAUGUAUUCACCGAACCACGUGCUACAUUUUAUGCUGCUUGUGUUGUCCUAGGGCUACAAUUUCUUCAUGAUCACAAAAUCGUAUACAGGGACCUGAAGCUGGAUAAUCUAUUGCUGGACACGGAAGGUUUUGUGAAGAUUGCAGACUUUGGCCUCUGCAAGGAAGGGAUGGGCUAUGCUGACCGCACCAGUACAUUCUGUGGGACACCAGAGUUUCUGGCUCCUGAAGUUUUGACAGACACUUCGUACACACGAGCAGUGGACUGGUGGGGCUUGGGUGUACUAAUAUAUGAAAUGCUUGUAGGGGAGUCCCCAUUUCCUGGAGAUGAUGAAGAGGAAGUGUUUGACAGCAUUGUGAAUGAUGAAGUGCGAUAUCCCCGCUUCCUUUCUACGGAAGCCAUUGGCAUCAUGCGCCGGUUGCUGCGUCGGAACCCAGAACGGCGCUUGGGCUCCAGUGAGCGUGAUGCUGAAGAUGUGAAGAAGCAGCCAUUCUUCAGGAGCAUCGAGUGGGAAGCCUUGCUGGCCCGCAAGAUCAAGCCGCCAUUUGUGCCAAUAAUCAAGGGCCGGGAAGACAUCAGCAAUUUUGACGAAGAGUUCACAGCGGAGGCACCUAUGCUGACACCGCCCCGUGAAGUACGGCCCCUGACGCAAAAGGACCAGGAUGCCUUCAAGGACUUUGACUAUGUUUCUAACACCUGCUAGCUCUGGGAGGAGGAGGGGGGGCAAAGGAAAUCCCCAGCAACACUGCCAGCCUUACAGGGCAGGAUUCUGCUCCAUCAGUGACUCAGAUGCUUGCUAGCCCCGCCUGCCAGCUCUAGGGGUGGGGCUGGGAAAGCCCAGCAACACUGCCAGCUUCAGGGGGGUACAGUAGUGUUCAUCAUCAUCAUAUGUCAGCUCUGCAAAUAGGUAGGGAAAGCCACAGAAAUAUCUCUGCACGCUACAGACCAUGACAUCAUUCAUGCAGAUACAUGGACAUCUGCUAGCUCCAAGGGAGGGGCAAGAGACAGGUGGCCACCCCGUCUUAUCAGGUAGUAUUAACCCAGGGACUUCAGCAGAG